UGAAAUGUUGCUGCUCUGUCAGCAGUUUCCUGUGGACUUUUUCAGUUUGCUGUAGUGUGUUCAACCACUGAUCCAAGAUAAGUUGCUAAGAAGUUUAUCUCACAUCAAAGACCUAACGAACGAAUGACAUAGAAGUCAUAUAGCCGAGCAGCACGUUCCAGUCUUCAGUCCUCUCUACAUGACAGUGACUUGUGUAUGUCAGUGGAGCCCCAGUUAGAGACAGACAUGAUACCUGCAGUGGUACUGAUGACCCUGUUGUGGAGCACAGAUCUCCAGGCUCAAAGCGUCAGUCCACCAGCUGAAUACUCAGUCAGACUGGUGAAUGGGACCACUUCCUGUUCUGGGACAGUGGAAAUCUUCUAUGAAGGAGAGUGGUUGGGUCUAUGCAAUAGGUGGUGGGACAUGAUGAAAGAGGUUAAGGUUGUGUGUAGAGAGCUGGACUGUGGGAAUCCUGUAUCUGUAUCUAGAGGACCUCUGAUUGAAGAUGGAAGAAGAGGAGUCACACUAUAUAGUAUUUGUAGUGGAGAUGAGUCUUCUAUUAGAUGGUGUGACAUCAAAGGAGGACCUGGUUUCUGUUUUGGUGGAUAUUAUCAUCAUGUGACCUGUUCAGAGUCUGUGCGGCUUGUGGAUGGAGCUGGUCUCUGCUCUGGGAGAGUGGAGGUGAAGUCCAAUCAGUCCUGGGCCUCAGUGUGUGAAGCUGACUUUGACCGGCAGGAUGCAGAGGUAGUCUGUAGGGAUGUUGGCUGUGGGGCUCCUGCAGCUCUACAGGGGGGGCUCUAUGGAGGAGGUGAGGGUCAGACCUGGGAUAAAGAGUUCCAGUGUAAAGGCAAAGAGUCCCUUCUCCUGGACUGUGACACCUCAGACAGAGAGAACAACACCUGCCUACCUGGUAAUGCUGUUGGACUCACCUGCUCAGAGCCUGAUGAUGUGAGGCUGGUGGGAGGAGGCAGUCGCUGUGCUGGUAGAGUGGAGUGGUACGACCAGGGAGAGUGGAGGACUGUGGGAUCUGACUGGGACCAGGAGGAUGUAGCUGCAGUAGUGUGUAGACAGCUGGGUUGUGGUUCCACUGUUUCAGCACUACCUGGAUACACCACUGGAGGGUUUGGAGUUUUCUGUGAUGGGGAUGAGUCUUCACUGAGGAAGUGUAGAAGAUCGUAUGAUCUCCGUCCUGGACUCACAGUGAUCUGCUCAGAGUCUGUGCGGCUUGUGGAUGGAGCUGGUCUCUGCUCUGGGAGAGUGGAGGUGAAGUCCAAUCAGUCCUGGGCCUCAGUGUGUGAAGCUGACUUUGACCGGCAGGAUGCAGAGGUAGUCUGUGGGGAGCUUGGCUGUGGGGCUCCUGCAGCUCUACAGGGGGGGCUCUAUGGAGAAGGUGGGGGUCAGACCUGGGAUAAAGAGUUCCAGUGUAAAGGCAAAGAGUCCCUUCUCCUGGACUGUGACACCUCAGACAGAGAGAACAACACCUGCCUACCUGGUAAUGCUGUUGGACUCACCUGCUCAGAGCCUGAUGAUGUGAGGCUGGUGGGAGGAGGCAGUCGCUGUGCUGGUGGAGUGGAGUGGUACUACCAGGGAGAGUGGAGGACUGUGGGAGUUGGAGUGUGGAACCAGGAGGAUGUAGCUGCACUAGUGUGUAGACAGUUGGGUUGUGGCUCCACUGUUUCAGUACUACCUGGAAACACCACUAGAGGGUUUAGAGUUUCCUGUGAUGGGUCUGUUUCUUCACUGAGGGAGUGUAUAAGAAUGUAUGAUCUCCGUCCUGGACUCACAGUGAUCUGCUCAGAUCUCCUGGUCCAGCCUGAUAUCUUCCUGACUGACCCAAUGGGAGGGGUCUUCAGGGGCCACCAGGGGCCCGAGAUGUUCAGGGGCUACAACUUCACCAUCACCUGCUCCACUCAGCCACAGUACCCAGGAGGCUCCUUCCUCCUCACGUUCACCGGCUCCAACAGAACCCAGAUCCAGCCAGCUGUCAAUCACUCUGCUGCCUUCCUCUUCCCUGCUGCAGAUGACUCCCACCAAGGGAACUACAGCUGUGUUUAUGACAAUUAUGUUUUCUCUCAUAACUUCUCCUCUGAGAGUGAGCUCCUCCCCCUCGCCAUCACAGCCUCUCCUCUGCCAGCCUUCAUCAUCAGACACGUUGUAGUGCUGCUGAUCCUACUGACAACCAUCACCACCUCCUACCUGUACUACAAGGUAAAGACAUUUACUCAGACGUUACAACUACAGGGACAUAAACACAAACAUGCUGCCUGGAGACAAGUGUCCAUGAUAGUAGGAUCGCCAGAUCUCCAGGCUCAAAGCGUCAGUCCACCAGCUGAAUACUCAGUCAGACUGGUGGAUGGGACCACUUCCUGUUCUGGGACAGUGGAAGUCUUCUACAGAGGAGAGUGGUUGGGUAUAUGUCCUAGUUGGUGGAGCAUAAUGAGAGAGACGUGGUUGUGGGACAUGAGAGAGACCAAGGUUGUGUGUAGAGAGCUGGACUGUGGGAAUCCUGUAGCUGAAUCUAGAGGACCUCUGAUUGAAGAUGGAAGAAGAGGAGUCACACUAUAUAGUAGUUGCUAUGGAGAUGAGUCUUCUAUUAGACAGUGUGGCAUAGGAGGACCUGGUUUCUGUUAUGGUGGAUAUUAUCAUCAUGUGACCUGUUCAGAGUCUGUGCGGCUUGUGGGUGGAGCUGGUCUCUGCUCUGGGAGAGUGGAGGUGAAGUCCAAUCAGUCCUGGGACUCAGUGUGUGAAGCUGACUUUGACCGGCAGGAUGCAGAGGUAGUCUGUGGGGAGCUUGGCUGUGGGGCUCCUGCAGCUCUACAGGGGGGGCUCUAUGGAGAAGGUGAGGGUCAGACCUGGGAUAAAGAGUUCCAGUGUAAAGGCAAUGAGUCCCUUCUCCUGGACUGUGACACCUCAGACAGAGAAAACAACACCUGCCUACCUGGUAAUGCUGUUGGACUCACCUGCUCAGAGCCUGAUGAUGUGAGGCUGGUGGGAGGAGGCAGUCGCUGUGCUGGUGGAGUGGAGUGGUACGACCAGGGAGAGUGGAGGACUGUGGGAGCUGAGGACUGGGACCAGAGGGAUGUAGCUGCAGUAGUGUGUAGACAGCUGGGCUGUGGCUCCACUGUUUCAGUACAACCUAUAAUAACCACUAGAGCAUUUAGACUUUCCUGUUCUGGGUCUGAGUCUUCACUGAGGGAGUGUAGAAGAACGUAUGAACUCCAUCCUGGACUCACAGUGAUCUGCUCAGAGUCUGUGCGGCUUGUGGAUGGAGCUGGUCUCUGCUCUGGGAGAGUGGAGGUGAAGUCCAAUCAGUCCUGGGCCUCAGUGUGUGAAGCUGACUUUGACUGGCAGGAUGCAGAGGUAGUCUGCGGGGAGCUCGGCUGUAGGGCUCCUGCAGCUCUACAGGGGGGGCUCUAUGGAGAAGGUGGGGGUCAGACCUGGGAUAAAGAGUUCCAGUGUAAAGGCAAAGAGUCACUUCUCCUGGACUGUGACACUUCAGACAGAGAAAACAACACCUGCCUACCUGGUAAUGCUGUUGGACUCACCUGCUCAGAGGCUGAUGAUGUGAGGCUGGUGGGAGGAGGCAGUCGCUGUGCUGGUGGAUUGGAGCGGUACGACCAGGAGAGUGGAGGACUGUGGGAGCUGAUGACUGGAACAAGGAGAAUGUAGCUGCAGUAGUGUGUAGACAGCUGGGUUGUGGUUCCACUGUUUCAGCACUACCUGGAAACACCACUAGAGGGUUUGGAGCUUCCUGUUCUGGGUCUGAGUCUUCACUGAGGGAAUGUUCCAGAAGAUAUGAUCUCCUUCCUGGAUUCACAGUGAUCUGCUCAGAUCUCCUGGUCCAGCCUGGUAUCUUCCUGGCUGACUCAAUGGGAGGGGUCUUCAGGGGCCACCAGGGGACCAAGAUGAUAAGGGGCUACAGCUUCCCCAUUACCUGCUCCACUCAGCCACAGUACCCAGGAGGCUCCUUCCUCCUCACAUUCACCGGCUCCAACAGAACCCAGACCCAGCCAGCUGUCAAUCACUCUGCUGCCUUCCUCUUCCCUGCUGCAGAUGACUCCCACCAAGGGAACUACAGCUGUGUUUAUGAGAAUUAUGUUUUCUCUCAUAACUUCUCCUCUGAGAGUGAGCUC